AUGGCAGCUAAACCUCAAGGCUACGACUUCUUAGUGGAAUGUCCUUACAACAAGGUUCAUCAACUGGAGAAUGGUAGAAGGUUCCAGAUUCACCUGAUCAAAUGCCGUAAGGAAUACGAGAAGAAAUUCACAGCGGUAAAGGUUCAGUGCCCCUUCAACGCCACCCACAGGGUGAAUGAACCGGAACAACGGUACCACGUGGAAAACUGCCCGGAUAGAGUGAUUGUGGACAAGUUCCGCAAUCCUAUUGUAGACUCCUUGGAUGCGCUGCAGCGCAAGGAAGUCAAGAUGAUCAUGGAGGAUGAUACUGAUGAUUGGGACAGGGAGCCACCUGUUCCAGCAUACGAUCCGCAAAAAUACUGCGAAUCUAGCAAUGUAAUUCGCCAUUGCCGUGGGAUGCAGCCUCACGAAAGAAGGGCUUUCAGGCAGCAGGAAUUAGUGCGUUUGCGAGGAGCAAAAGCACUAGAUCUCGACAACAAAUAAGAUAAGAGUUCAUCUUGGAUCUACUCACCACUGAAAAAAAUUUAAAUGAUUCCAGGAUGAUGCCUAAAAAUCUUUUUUUUACUAAUUUUUCUGACUUUCUAAAACUCCUAAAACAUGAAAUUUGAUAGAAACUUUCCUUUCCUGAACAAGAAAUACUGCAAUUACUCCAAUAAUUUACUCCUAAAAGAUAAACCUGUGUUGAAAUAAUAUAGAGGAAGUGUUAAUUUGAGAAAAAAAUUAUUAGAGAAUUACUUUUUCAAAAUGAAAUAAAAAUAAAAAUUGGAUUAAC